AUGGAGGUGAUAUUGGAUGAGGUGCAGCUCUAUCUCGACAAGGCUAAGUGUGGCAACAAGAGUGCCGUUAACGGUGGAAAGCACGGGACAAAUUGCAGAGUUGAGCGGGAGGUUAACACUGGCAACACACGAAAUGUUGGGGAAGCCUCGAAGAUCAAGACCGGUCAAACGAGGAACAGUAAUGUUAAAUGUCCCGUUAAUGCUUGUUCUGGUUUGACCGACUGUGAUGGUCCCACCACCGAGGAAAUUCGUGCAGUUGAGGCUAACGAGAGCUCCGGGAACACCCUGUCCGGGGCAGUUUCCGGUGGGCGUGCAGCAGAGCCGGCCGCUUACGGUUAG